UAAAUUUAGAGAUUUAGAAUUUCACCUGAACGAAAAAUCUUAGUUACGCCAAUGCUAGUGCAUUUUCUUGCUUCUUUUAUCAGAUGACAAACGAUUGAAUGGCAGUUCGCACGUAUAUCGUGCAAUGUAUUUUAAAUUCGGCACAAAUUUCAAGAAAUGUUACGAUCCAUACAUCGACUGCCACGAAUUUUGGUAAUAAGCAACGAUUACCCAAAAUCAUUUCCACCGUAGUUCAACCGUGUUUAUUUCAACUUUUACAGCGAUCUGUUAUACAACCUCAACUUUUGAGCAAGAAAGAUCAUAGAAGUUUUCACGUAAAUAUCAGUCCAGGCGAGAAGUCAAAAUGUGCUACUGAUAAUAGUAAAACUACCUAUCCAAUGAUAGAUCACUGUUAUGAUGUCGUGAUUAUUGGUGCUGGGGGUGCAGGGUUAAGAGCAGCGUUUGGUUUAGGAAGCAAAGGGUAUCGCGUGGCAGUGGUGACAAAAUUAUUUCCGACGAGAUCUCACACAGUGGCGGCUCAAGGUGGAAUAAACGGCGUAAUCGACGCGACCAAAGACGAUAAUUGGCUGUACCACAUGUACGACACCGUCAAAGGAUCCGACUGGUUGGGUGAUCAAGACGCAAUACACUUUUUAACCAGAGAAGCACCUCGAGCUAUUUUCGAACUUGAGAAUUACGGUGCGAUCAAUUUACUCGAAUUAAUAAACGUACUUUACAAUUCCAUUUUCCCAUUCUCUCCAUUUUCUCCAUUUUCCUAUUUUCUCUAUUUUCCUAUUUACUCCAUUUUCCCAUUUUCUCCAUUUUCCAUUUUAGGUUGUCCUUUCAGUCGCACGGACGAAGGAAAGAUUUAUCAGCGCGCGUUCGGUGGACAGUCGUUGAAAUUUGGCAAGGGUGGUCAAGCUAAAAGAACUUGUGCAGCUGCUGAUAGAACCGGUCAUGCGAUAUUGCACACGUUGUAUGGACAAAGUCUGCGUUACGAUGUCCAUUAUUAUGUGGAGUAUUUUGCCCUUGAUCUUCUGAUGGUUGGACGUUGCUGCAAGGGAGUGCUAGCGUGGGAACUGGAGACUGGGCUUUUGCAUCGAUUCAGGGCUCAUCAUACGGUGAUAGCCACAGGUGGAGCAGGAAGAUGUUACCAGUCCUGUACCGCAGCACAUGCUUGUACCGGUGAUGGUAUGGCGAUGGCUUCUAGAGCAGGAUUGCCACUCCAAGACAUGGAGUUCAUCCAGUUCCAUCCAACCGGAAUAUACGGAAGCGGAAUUUUAAUAACGGAAGGCAGCCGCGGUGAAGGGGGGAAAUUAGUGAACUCUCAAGGGGAAUUUUUUAUGGAACGUUACGCGCCAAAUGCCAAGGAUCUUGCUUCUCGUGACGUCGUCUCUAGAGCGAUGACUAUUGAAAUAUUGGAAGGAAGAGGCGUAGGUGCCAAGAAGGAUCACAUAAACCUUCAGCUGCAUCAUUUACCGGUGGAGGUACUCACCACGAAACUGCCAGGGAUUUCUCAUUUAGCUUGGGUGUUCUCUGGUGUGGAUGUGAAAACAGAUCCAAUUCCUGUUAUACCUACAGUACACUACAACAUGGGUGGUAUACCCACAAACUGGCGAGCACAGGUUCUAUCACGAGAAAAAGAAGAGGACAGCAUAAUCGAGGGACUAUGGGCAGCAGGCGAAACUGCAUGUGCAUCUGUACACGGCGCUAAUCGAUUAGGAGCCAACAGCCUGUUGGAACUGGUUGUUUUUGGAAAAGCGAUAGCCGAUCAGAUCGACUGUAUGACCAGACCUGGUGAACGUCAUGAUGAUCUGGCAACCGAGGUUGGCGAAGAAAUCAUUUGUCGGUUUGAUGCGACUCGUUUCGCAAAAGGUUGCAUUCCUGUCGCCGAGUUGCGAGACGACAUGCAGCAUACUAUGCAGAGAUAUUGCUCGGUCUUCAGGACAUGUGAUAUAUUGCAGCGAGGAUGUCGCGAGAUAACUCGGUUCUUCACCUGCGACCUGCCGGACAUAUGUGUUCAGGAUCAAUCCCUAAUUUGGAACACGGAACUGGUAGAAGCUCUAGAAUUACAAAACAUGUUGCUAGAUUGCAUGCACAUAGUUUACGCCGCGGAAAACAGGAAAGAAUCCAGAGGAUCGCAUGCUCGAGACGAUUAUAAGGAAAGAAUCGAUGAAUACGAUUACUCGAAACCGAUCGAAGGCCAAAAGAAACAUCAGUAUUUCCUAUCGCCCCGUCAUCGACACGACAUUGGACGAAUCAGAGGCCCAACACGUUCCACCAUCGGUCCGAGUGUACUGACAACCAAAUAAAAAACUGUAUUUUUUC